AUGAAUGUCUCACAACUACUUGUUUUUCAACGAACUCUACUAUGGAUUGUACCUCGAGUUGAUCGAACUAUCACACAAUGGGAAAAAAAUUUAUUAGCGCGUUUUCCUAUUGUUAAAAAAUUCAUUCGUAGAAGUCUUUAUUGGUCUCGUGAAGCUUUAGUACUUUCGUUUGUGUAUCGUUGGUCACUUCGUUUUAUUAAUCAAGCAUUAGUCAUAAGUAAUCUUGAACGAGAAAUUAAAGAUGUUGAACUAAGAAGAAAAGUAACAGCAACAUGGGAUUUCGAAUGUAAACGUGCUCUAAUAAGUAGUGAUUGGUAUCCAACAUUACAAAAGCCAAAUACACAUCCAGUUGAUAUUAUUGUUCGGGCAACCGGAUUUGAAGCACAACAAUUCGCAUUACCUAUUUAUGGCAUUGAUGGUUGUGCACUAGCUGAACAAUGGUCUGAUACAAUGAAGGCUUAUCGUGCUAUGACUGAACCUAAUUUUCCAAAUUUAUUUGUUCUUCUUGGUCCUAAGUCUCGUCUCGGUCAUUCAUCUGUUACAAUCAUGCUGGAAGCACAAUUAAAAUACAUAACCGAAGCUCUUCUCUAUACGUUUGAAAAUAGUCUAGGAUCGAUUGAAAUAAAAGAUGGAGGUCGUCAUUCAUGGUCUCGAAAUGUAGAUGGUGUAGUCACAACCAUACGGCAUGAUUUUACAUGGAUUUAUCAUGAAAAUUGUACUUUAGAAAAAUAG